GGUGUCAGGACUCAGCGCCCGAUCUAAGGAGAGGCGUUCCAGAUUUCCCCGCCGCCGCCGCCGCCGCUCCGGUCGCCGCCAAGUUUCACCAAGGAUGAGGAAGGAAGACCGAGCGUAGGCUUGUCCAAGCACCCAGUCUUCGCUCGGAGAACGCCCUCCUCCUCCCUUCGGGCAGGGCAACUUUCCUCGACCAGCCUCCCCCUCCCGCGCCCCGCUUUCCCGCCCCCCGGCGCCGCGGCCACUCUGAGGCAACCUCGCUCUCGGACAUCUUAGCCAAGGGGGCAGCGCCAGCGUCAGUCGCUGCGCUCGUUUUCGUCAGCGGCGGCCCUCCUGCCCUGCCUUGCCCUGCCCAACCUACACCUGAGCGAACGGUCCGGACUUCGUUGCCCAGACGCCCCCAAGGAGGGCUUGACGACCCCUGGCCAGGCGAGCCGGCCUGGGAGCGAAGUAUUCUUGGGCCUGAGACAGUCGGUCGUCUCUCCUUCGUCCAGGACGCGGCAAAACUGCUAGGCGAGCGGCGGAAGGCGGCCGUGCUUCCGCAGCCCAACGUGUGUGUGUCGGGGGGCGGGGGACCCUCGAAAGCAGAAAAUGCGAAGUUCAGGGCGGGGUGGGGCCUUUGCACUGAAUUGGCCCCUCAAGGAGGAGAAGACAAAGCGCCACCCGGAAUGCGAGAGGCUAGUCCUCAAGAGCGAGGACCGGGUCCUCGGCCAAGCGUGUAGGAGUUGAAGGAGUUGAAGCACAGAAAGGGCAGAAUGCUUCAUCACCACCUAAUGUUUAUUGCUGGAAUGAUUCUUGCCUACAGAGAAACAGCUGCAGUUCCUCGGUGUUCAGUGACAGAAAGAAUUGCAUACUAUAAUCACUGCAACCUCACCUGGGUUCCACCUGUGCCCAAGAACAUUACUUCAUUCUUCCUAAACUUCAAUUCCAUUCAGGAGGUGAAUGCCACCUCAUUCCCAUUGCUGAUGCAACUGGAGACUUUGUCACUUGGAUCACAGUCUGCCUCUCCAGUUACUUUAAGAGGAGAAGCAUUUAGGAACCUUCCAAAUCUCAGACAACUGGAUUUAGGUGAUAACAAAAUGAUUGUGUUGGACUCAGAUGCUUUCAGAGGUCUAGUGAAUUUACGUAAACUUUGGCUUUAUUAUAAUAGUCUUAAUGAAUUGAUUCUGGAAGAUGAUUACCUUCAAGAUUUGGUCUCUUUGGAAUACCUGAAUCUUGAGUACAAUAAAAUCACAAGACUUCAUCCUCAUCCUUUAUUUUACAAAAUGAAGUCUUUGGAUACUCUGGAGCUUAAACUAAACCGCAUUGGGACCCUCUGUGAAGGAGAUCUUGAUAGCUUUCAAGGGAAAACUUUCAAACUGUUUGCUCUUAACUCUAAUAAUCUUUAUAUAGAAAACCCUGUGAACUGGACAACUUGUGGGAAUCCUUUCAAAAAUAUUGUCAUAGAAACUCUGGAUGUAGGUGGUAAUGGUUGGGACGUGGCUGUCACACAGCAAUUCUGUUCAGCUAUUCAGGGAACACCCAUUUUAGCAUUGAAACUCUCCUCUCACAGUAUGGGCGCAUCAUUUGGAUUUAAUAAUCUCCGGGACCCUGACAACAAUACCUUCAUAGGCCUUGCUAAGAGUGGUCUUCACUUCCUUGACCUUUCAAGAGGUUUUAUUUUUGCUCUAAACACACAUGUAUUUCAAUAUCUUGCUAGUUUGCAAUGGCUUGAUCUUAAUAGAAAUCAGAUAAAUCAAAUUGGAAAAAGAGCAUUUUUUGGUCUUUGGACACUGACUCACUUAAACCUAUCAGGCAAUCUAUUAGGUGAGCUCACUGCUAAUACUUUUGAUGGACUCUAUAACUUGAUAUCUUUAGAUCUGCAAAACAAUCAUAUUGGGGUGGUUGCUCAGGCUACCUUCAAAUACUUAACAAGACUUAAGGAGCUGAAUCUUAUGGAUAAUGCCCUAAAAUCAACCCCAUCAUUCCCAGACCUCUCCACUAUUCUUUUAGGUGGCAACCAGUUAAAGAGUAUAGGCUUCAACAACAUAAAUGCAACAAUUAUUAGCUUGGAAGAAAACAGAUUAGACGAUCUGAGUGAUCUCUACAAACUUCUUCAAAUUCCAGUUUCACAGUUCAUCUUUUUGAAAAACAAUCGUUUCUCUUCUUGUUAUGCAAGUAAUGAUGUUCCAGAAAAUAGCCGGUUACUCUACUUGGAUCUUGGGAACAAUAUGUUAAAACUUAUAUGGGAGAGAAGUUUAUGUCUUAAUGUGUUCAAGGGACUUAUCAAGCUUCAGGUCCUCCAUCUCAAUAAUAACUACCUUAGUUACCUACCAGAAGGUAUCUUUAGUGGCUUGGUAUCACUGAACAGACUUAACUUGGCUUCCAACUUGCUGACUUACCUUUCUCACAAUGCCUUUCCUACAAGCCUGAGGAUACUUGAAUUAUCAUCGAAUCAGCUGCUUUACCCAGAUCCUCAAGUCUUUGCAACCCUAGACUACCUGGAUCUAAUCAAUAAUAGGUUUUACUGCAAUUGCCUCUUAAGCAGCUUAAUAGUGUGGCUAAAUCAAACCAAUGUCACCUUGGCUGGAUCACCAGAGAACAUGUUUUGUUUUGGACCCCAUGAGCUUGCUGGAGUUCCUCUUCAUGAAUUAAAUGUUGAUAGUUGCAAUGAAGACAAAGUCUUGGAGUCUCUUCAGUUGUCACUCUUCAUUUUUACCUGUGUUGCUCUGACAAUGUUCCUAGUGGCAGUAAUUAUUUUCACUCGUUUUAGAGGAACUAGUUUUAUCUGGUAUAAAACCAUAACCAGGACAUUUUUAAAAGAGCUCCAGCCAGACCUAGACAAAAAUAUGUAUCAAUAUGAUGCUUACAUAUGCUAUAGUGGCAAGGACUUUGAGUGGGUUCAGCAUUCUUUGAUAAGGCACCUGGAUUCCCAAUAUUCUGACCAAAAUAGAUUUUCUCUUUGCUUUGAAGAGAGAGAUUUUCUGCCUGGAGCCGAUCACAUCAGCAACAUUCGUGAUGCCAUUUGGAACUGUCGGAAAACUAUUUGUGUUGUGACAAAGAAUUUUCUUAAGGAUGGUUGGUGUAUAGAAGCAUUGAAUUUUGCUCAAAGUAGAUAUUAUUCUGACCUAAAGGAUGUCCUCAUUAUGGUGGUAGCUGGAUCACUUUCUCAGUACCACCUUAUGAAAUAUCCACCAGUCAGAGCUUUUUUGCAAAGGGGUCGAUACUUGAGAUGGCCUGAAGACUACCAGGAUGUAGAGUGGUUUUUGAACUCACUGUCUCACCAAAUACUGAAAGAGAAGGAGGUCAAAAAGAAAUCAGGUUCACUAGAACUGAAAAUCAUAACAGUUUCUUAGCUGGCUGGCUGCCAUUUCAGUAGCAUAAGACAGAGGGCUCUCCAAAGAACAUGCCAAUCAUUUCUGAAACAUACUGAGUCCUUACCUUUAUGAGCAAUGCACUAAAAUUACAGUAUGAGCACCCCAGUAUCCUUAAUAUCAUUCAUUUUCAUUUUCGAAAGGUCUGCCUAAUGAAAGAAGUGGCUUUGCAAUAAUCAGUGUUCUUUGAUGAGGCCUUGCAGUUGCACAUUGGUAGAAUAAAAUGCUGCUUGCAUUCUUGUGAUCACAGCUUGUUGAUUUCGGACAAGAAUGGGGAUCAUAUACCUCUCCCAGCUAUUGCUGAACUACAAUAUCCAUCAGCCCUAGCCAACUUAGACAAGUUGCCCAAUUCUUGACAAGUUGCCCAAUUCUUGUUUAAGGAUUAUUAAAUAUAGAGUUAUUCAGUAGUUCAUAGGAAAAGUUUGUUACUUUUUCAUGUAGACUUGAAAACAUAUCAUUGCUUUCAAGCCCUGAUACUUUCAAAGACUGCAUAGAAUGUAUUUGUGAAGGCUUUCACGGCCGGGAUCUAAUGGUUGUUGUAGGUUUUUUGGGCUCUUUGGC